AUGGCCACCAGCAGCGAUACCUCUAGCACAGUAGCCGGAAAUGACAAUAAAACGGAAAGCUUGGUUCAGGCCGUUGGCAAUGCCACGACUUGGGAGGAUGACCCGCCAGUAAUUGUAGGAAUUGCUUGCCAAAUGCCUGGAGAUAUUUCAUCCCCUUCGGAUCUCUGGCAGUUUCUUGUUGACCAGAAAUCGGCUCAAGGUCCAGUACCCCCGGCAAGGUAUAACAUCGAUGGAUUUUACCACUCACAAGGCAAUAUGAGAAGCGGCAGUACACAUGUACCCGGGGGCUAUUUCAUAAACAAAGAUAUACGCCAGUUCGAUAACAAGUUCUUCGGUAUUAGCAACCUGGAGGCAACUUUCAUGGAUCCCCAUCAGCGCAAGCUGCUCGAAGUCUCGGCAGAAUGUCUUCGGAGCUCAGGAACUACUAUGGAGAGUGUUUCAGGCUCAGAAACGGGCGUCUUUGUAGCCAGCUUUUGUUCGGAACAUUUACUAAGCCAAACACGAGACGUGGACUAUCUACAUAGAUACUCGCUAGCGGGACUGGGGACUACAAUCAUGUCUAAUAGAAUUAGUCACGUAUUCAACCUUAACGGACCUAGCUUCUCGAUAGAUACCGCUUGCUCCUCAUCUCUCUAUGCUCUCCAUCAAGCCUUAAAUGCGAUGAAGGCGGGCGACUGCGAUGGUGCCAUUGUGGCUAGCGCGAACUUGAUCAUGUCGGUUGAGUAUCAUCUUUUACUUGCCAAGGCUGGUCUCCUUUCACCAACGGGAACAUGCCACACCUUUGAUGCGGCGGCUGACGGAUAUGGCCGUGCUGAAGCUGCUAGCGCAAUUUACGUCAUCCGCGGUACUGCCGUGAAUGCGUGUGGAAGGACACCAGGAAUAUCAAUGCCUAGCGAAAAGAUGCAAGAGGCAGUCAUACGUAAAGCAUAUCAAAAUGCCGGUCUCGAAUUUGGAGGUACCGAUUAUAUUGAGUGUCAUGGUACUGGCACGCCUGUAGGCGACCCUCUUGAGGUGAAUACCGUGGGUACAUGUUUCGGCAGGCCAAAGGGACUUCCUCCUCUUUUUAUCGGAUCGGUCAAGACGAAUCUUGGCCACAGUGAAGCAGCUAGUGGGCUUGCCUCUAUCAUCAAGGUUGUCAAGUCUUUUGAGGCCGGUAAAAUAGCUCCUAGCUAUGGAAUUCAGAGGGUGAACCCAAAUUUGAUUUCAGACGAGCGAAACAUUAGAAUUGCCACUAAGCUGGAGGAAUGGCCCCGGGCUCUACGACGCGCUAGUAUCAACUCAUUUGGUUACGGUGGUGCGAACAGCCAUGUCAUUCUGGAGUCGACUGAAAGUUACCUCAGUAACGAGACUGUUAGCCAGAAGGGUGUUCAGCUGAACGGAGCUCAUGGAGAUGAUUCUUGCACUGUUGACGCGGUGUCCAAUGGUAAUCAUAUAAAUGGUUUCUCGGCGGCAUUGGUGGAUAUUAGUAAAGAGUGUCUUGUUUUGCCUAUAUCCGCUGCAUCGGCCAGUUCACUAAAGUCACUCAUUGAACAGACUAUGCAAAUAGUAGCAGAAUCCGGCGAUGGCGUGAACUUUAUGAAGGAUUUAGCAUACACACUCUCUAAGGGCCGCGAUACUCUGCAACACCGCGGCUAUCUGCUCGCCACCUGGAAUGAAAAUAUUACUAGAUACGCUGUGUCUGCCGAUGAGAAAACCACAGUUGAAGAGACCAAGGGCCUUCCCUUUGCUUUUGUCUUCGGGGGCCAGGGAUCUCAGUACCCUGGGAUGGCCAAAGAUCUCUUGCUUCACAACGCUCCUUUCCGCGAGUCUAUUCGCAAACUCGAUCAGAUUCUGAAGACAAUACCCGCUCUGUACAGGCCCUCCUGGACGCUUGAGCAGACGAUCCUCGAUGACCCCCAAGUCAGCCGCAUCAAUGAAGCCAGUCGCAGUCAACCAGUUUGUACUGCGAUCCAGAUUGGACUCAUCGACCUCUUACGUAGCUGGAAUGUUCAGCCCAAAUAUGUAGUUGGUCACUCAUCUGGGGAAAUUGCCGCUGCUUAUGCAGCUGAUUUUCUCGACCCGAAGCAAGCCAUAUUAGCUGCUUACUUCCGUGGCUAUGCAGUAAGCCAGUUGCGCUCUCAGGGGGCAAUGAUGGUGGCUGCUUUGAGCCCUGAAGAAGCUGUAUCUUUCAUUCAGGAAAAGGGUCUUCAGGAACAGGCUCGGGUCGCCUGUAUCAAUGCACCAACAAGCGUGACACUUAGUGGCUCUAUAGACGCAAUCGAAACUUUACAGAGCCAUUUACAGACACAACAGAAGCUUGUCCGAAAGCUUGUGACGGGAGGGCAUGCAUACCACAGCCACUUCAUGGAAGAGACCUCCGAGUUGCUGGAACAGCUCCUAAAGCCUCUCUUCAAUGAAAAAUUAAUGAUGGGAGAUGAAGAGAAAGUGGCUCCUUCGGGUGUCGGGCAGGUUCGAAUGUACUCAUCAGUCGGUCACAGCCCCGGCGCCCUUCGGACUAUGAACUCGCGGACUAUGGGUACAACGUAUUGGCGUCACAACCUUGAGCAGCCUGUUCAAUUCUGCGCAGCACUGGCGAACCUGGUUACAGACGCAGGGAAGGCGUGUUUGAUCGAAAUAGGACCACAUUCCACGUUGAAAAGCCCUAUUCAACAGAUUCGCAAAUCUCUUGGUGUAGAUGAGGUGUCACUACCUUACCUCUCCACUCUGGUGAGAAAUGAGAAUUCCAACCAUUGCCUCAUGGCACUUGCUGGUAAACUGUUUAGCCAAGGCUACCCUUUAGCGCUUGAAAAAGUGAAUGGCUUUGGAGAUUUAGCAUAUCUCACGAGAAAGCCAAAAAUCCUGCACCAACUGCCACCCUAUCCAUGGGAUUAUUCGGGUGGCUUGUUAUGGAGCGAGCCCCGCACGAGUACUGCGAUGCGCAAUAGAAAGCAUGUUCGCCACGAAUUGCUAGGAACGGCCGCUCUUAUAGACACUGGGUUUGACUUUACCUGGCACAAUAUUUUAAAACCAAACGAAAUGCCAUGGAUCAAGGACCACAAGCUUGGGGAACGUGUACUGUUCCCAGCGGCAGGGUAUGUUGCGAUGGCCAUUGAAGCGGUGAUGCAAAUCGCAGGUAUUAAAAAGCAGCUUGAAGACAACCAUGACAGGAAUUUAGGAUUCGAAUUACGCAAUGUUAGAUUCAAUGCCGCUCUCACUGUCCCAGAUGAGAGUGAAAAUACCAGCAAAGAACUCGAGCUACACACUACUAUGUCUCCGCGCAAGAUCUCGGGGGUCAGCACAUCGGUUGACUGGCACGAUUUCUCUAUUGUGUCUUCUUAUUCUACUUCGAAUCUGUCCAUUGUUCACUGCACGGGAAGCAUCCGAAUCACCAAAGGCCGUAAGCAGAUCUACAAGCCUUCCGCCACAGUACAAGAAGCAGAAGGCUUCGACUUCUGGCCCUCAAUGGCCAAAUGGUAUCACGCGACGCGUGAAGCAGGCCUUUGUUUCGGCCCAAAUUUUCAGUCACUCACAACUAUGAGGGCCGAUUCGGCACGAAAGCGACCCGAAGUUAUUGCGACCACGAGGAUCACGCCCGCUUCAGUUGGCAGCACCUAUGAAUACUAUCCAGUUCACCCAAUUGCUAUCGACGCCGGACUUCAGGCUGCUGUCCUAAGCGGCGCUUCGGGAAACAUAGCCGCGGUCGGGGCUUGGCUCCCUGUUUUUAUUGCCGAAGCUCACAUCCAACCAUCAAUACACUCUGAGAACGAAGCCGAGGGUGAGAUUUACGCAAAAUCUGAAGAGAUGGGAUUCUCGAGUAGACGUAUAGACGUUACUCUUCGAGACGCUAGCGGAGCACUAGUCGUUGAAUAUGUUGAUUCUCGGCUGGCGCUCUACAAUGGGAAGGGUGACCUCUCCAUCGCUCAGCAGACUGAAGCCAGUGAGACUGCUUAUCCGGGCAAAGUAAAGCCUGCCAGCGUCUUUCUGCAGCGUCAACCGACACUCAGGGUACAGUGGAAACCUGACAUACUAAGGAUAGACUCUAAAUCAUCUCUUCAACUAUCACGGUACCUAAUCGAGUACUUGGAGCGCCAAGAUUUAGAUGUACGCGAUGACGAAAGUCUUGCCAUUAUCGGUGGACUUCUAGAACUUGCUGGCCAUAAGAACCCUCGCAUACGUAUCCUGGAGGUCGGUGGCGAUGCUGAGGGCUACAAGGCGAAGAUAUGGCAGAGGAUGCUUGGUAAGCAGACAGCUUUCCCGAGAUUUCGAUCAUGGCACGCAGCAUUAUUGGGGAACAACGGACAGAUUUUGGUAGAAGACAGCAUCGAAGGCCCUUUUGGUGUUGUGCUAGUACCUAAGCACACAACUUCGAACAAUCAUUUCCUCUGGAAGAACCGUGAAGGCUGCAUUGCCUCGUUAGUCUCUGGAAAUGGUGUUGUUAUUACUCGAAGAUCAGACGCUGCUGUCUCUUUUCUCCGGGAGGCGGGGUUCGAGGUGUUGGAUCUUAGAAACCACGUCAUUCUCGCUGUACGAACAGCACAGGAAACGAUACGAAGAGGUCGCAGAGCUUUCAUAAUUCAGAACGAGUCUCCCUCAAUUAGUAUGAGCGAGUUUGCAACCAUGCUAUCAACCUACCUGGAGGAACAUGUUGGAAUAAGUGAUGCGAGUGUUAUCAGUUUAAGUCACCUCGAUACUGUAGAGAUUGCUGAAACUGAUCUUUGCAUUUCACUGCUUGAGGCUGAACGCGAGUUCCUCCCAGUUAUAGACUCCAAAGCCAUGAACCGCCUACGUCGUGUAACAGAUAAUACAAAUAGCCUACUUUGGAUCACUGGGGCUAACAUGCUUGGGGAUGAACCAAAUCCUAACCUGACAUUAGCUAAUGGCCUGUCCCGGGCUGUUAUGCUGGAACAGCCAUCAUUACGAUGGAGUAUUCUGGAUGUUGGUAAACAGUUGACUGACCCCCCAAAUGCCGUCAACGUGCUCGUGAGUAUUGUGAAGGCUCUCGAUGCCAAGCAGGAAAUGGAUGAUUGUGAAUACAUCUUGAUGGACAGCCUACUCUUCGUGAGCAGAUACAGCCCCGACUUCCAGGUCAAUUCGCUCUUCCGGCAACGAAUGAACCCCCAGACUGCCGAGCUAGAGGAAAGGAGGCUGGCCGAGGCUAAACCUGUCCGUCUCACAAUCAGCCGCCCUGGUGCCCUAGACACCAUACACUUCGAAGAGCUUCGCGAGCCUGGUUGGACCGAGGGGCUUGCUUCAGGUUACGUGGAUGUCGAAGUCAAAACUGUCAGUUUAAACGCUAAAGACGUGUAUGUCAUGGCUGGCCGUGUUGAGACUCCCGGCAAGACGACUGCUUUUGACUUCGCGGGUAUUGUCUCUGCAGUCGGCCCCGGAACUAGCGGGCUGAAGGUGGGCGAUCGCGUCGUCGCCUGUGCUGCGUUUCAAAUCGGUACAACAGCGCGCGUACGAACCGACUGUGUUCUUCCGCUGCUUGACAAUGAAGACUUCACAGUCAUGCCCACUUUGACAAUCACAUAUGGUACAGCUCUCUACGCGCUCGAAAAUCGGGCGCAUUUACGCAAGGGCGAGUCGAUCCUUGUGCAUUGCGGCUCUGGUGGCGUCGGCAUCGCCGUUAUCACUCUAGCUCGGAAGAUGGGCGCGACUGUAUACACAACGUGCGGGUCGCAGGGUAAGCGCGAAUAUUUGGUUAAAGAGCUAGGCGUGCCAGCAUCGCACAUCUUCAGCUCUCGCGACUCGUCCUUCGUCCGGGGCAUCGCCGAGUUAACCAGUGGCCGCGGCGUGGAUGUCAUUAUCAAUUCGCUUGUAGGUGACCUGAUGCACGAUAGCUGGGAGAGCUGCUUAGCUGAAUUUGGGCGAUUCGUCGAGAUUGGAAAGCGUGAGCUCGUCAACGCUGGCAGGCUGAACAUGCGCAUGUUCCUGAGAAAUGCCACUUUCACAGCCUUUGACUUAUCAACGCUAUUGAGCUCUGAGGAUCCAUAUAAUCGCGCUACUUGUAGGAGACUCAUGGUUGAUACCAUAGGUCUGUACCGCGCAGGAGACAUUUCUCCGCCACCUAUAAAGGUCUUUGAUAUCACUGAAGUUGCGCAGGCGUAUCGAUACUUCAACCACAAGGACCGUGUGGGGAAGGUUGUUAUCUCUAUGGAAAACCCGCAAUCUGCCGUACCAGUUUCGCCGGCUCUCUAUUCAAGCACCUUCGACCCAGAAAAGAUAUACCUCCUGAUCGGAUGCCUUGGUGGACUGGGCCGUAGCUUGAGCCGUUGGAUGAUGUCUCGCGGAGCCCGUCACUUUGUGUUCCUGGGUCGUUCAGGUGCCGAUAAACCAAGUGCAAAACAACUGGUCAACAAAUUAGAACAAGCCGGGGCUACUACUUGCGUAAUCCGUGGCGAUGUCUGCCAGGUUACCGAUGUUGAAGCUGCAGUGACCCAUUGCGUCUCAACCGGUCGGAGGCUGGGUGGCGUAGUGCAAGCCGCCAUGGGACUUCAUGAGGCUCUCUUUACCUCCAUGUCCACCCAGGCGUGGCAUACAGGCAUCGACCCUAAGUAUCAAGGAACGUGGAAUCUGCACAACAGUUUAGAGGGUCACAAACUGGACUUCUUCAUGCUUACAUCAUCUCUUUUGGGUACCGUAGGCGUGGCAACGGAGAGCAACUAUUGUUCUGCCAAUUCCUUUUUGGAUGCCUUUGCACGCUGGAGACGGUCUCGUGGCCUUCCUUGCGUGUCCGUGGGCCUAGGAAUGAUUUCAGAAGUGGGAUACCUCCACGAACACCCCGAGAUUGGAAGGUUGGUCUUACGCAAAGGCACCAAGCCGCUGAAUGAGGACGACUUUUUACAGAUUGUUGACUUAGCACUGGCGAGUGAGGCGGAUGGGAGUAUAAAUAAAUCGCAUAUGCUGACCGGUCUAGAGACGGCUUCGGCUCUUGAACUCAGUGCCCGGGGUAUCGACAUUACUCAUCAGGGUGCAGUUGUCGACACAAGGUCCUUGCUACAACUGGCGUCGAUACAAGCAGCACAGGAGGCGGCGAAUACAGCAUCUUCCCAACUUGGCGGGGAUUCAAUCACAGGGCCCGCAACCAUAGCACCAUGGUUCAAGGAUAUCCCUACAAGCUUAGCUACCUCGUUCUCGCCCGUAGCCAGCGCCGGAAGCCUACAAGAAGCCGUGAUGCAACUAUGUAAAAAGCAGUUUUCCAAUCUACUAUCGAUGCCCAUCAAUGAAGUUGACCACAGCAAGGCAUUGCUCAGCUUUGGUGUGGAUAGUAUGACCGCCUCGGAAUUUCGCUCCUGGUUUUGGGCCAAGUUCCGUGUUGACGUGCCGUACUUGGAUAUAAUGAGCCCCCACAAAUCGCUGCGAGAGUUGGCUGAGCAUGUACAGGUCAAGCUGCAGGAGAAUGGUGCAUAGUGACGUGUAUAAAGAACGGCGCAAGGUCCUCAAGAGUUUCUCGUCGUGCAGCUAGUGUAUCAAAGGCAUUUAGGCUUGUUGUACACAAGUCAUCACACUGACGGGUAGGGCUGCGAACAGUUGGGCGGUGGAGACACUUACGGAGGCAACUUCGUAUUUUGGCCUGUUGGGGUACUAUUUGGGAGGUGGUCACGUGGUAACAAAAUUCAGGUUUCGGCAGCAAUUCAUCAAUUCUGAUCUUAUUUUAUGAGGCUCCCUAGCCACAUCCGCAUGCGGACGGCCCCGUACGACUGUCCAGCAAACGGGCUAUUGUGUUCUAUCUCCGUGGCUCCGGUGGCUUUAUACAUCCAAC